AUGUGCCAGAAGUUAGGUGAACUCAGAAACAGAAUGUGCCAUAUGUUAGGUGAACUCAGAAACAGUAUGUGCCAGAAGUUAUGUGAACUCAGAAACAGUAUGUGUCAGAAGUUAGGUGAACUCAGAAACAGUAUGUGUCAGAAGUUAGGUGAACUCAGAAACAGUAUGUGCCAGAAGUUAGGUGAACUCAGAAACAGAAUGUGCCAUAUGUUAGGUGAACUCAGAAACAGUAUGUUCCAGAAGUUAGGUGAACUCAGAAACAGAAUGUGCCAUAUGUUAGGUGAACUCAGAAACAGUAUGUGCCAGAAGUUAGGUGAACUCAGAAACAGUAUGUGUCAGAAGUUAGGUGCACUCUGA